UGAAUACUUCACUUGAGCCAGUAAAUACAAACACAAAGUCAACACAAAGUUCAAGUUCACACGCUGGACUGGACCUUGUUGGACUGGACAGUUCUGUCGGACAUCUCAGGUCCUUCUCUUCGUCUAGUUUUCUCUUGAAUUAAGAAAUUAUACAGGACAUUAUAAUGGCCAACGUGCCAGGAGCAAUCGCCAACAAAAACAAAAAGCACUUUCUUGGUGUGCCGGCGCCGCUGGGCUAUGUGGCUGGCGUAGGCCGUGGUGCCACUGGGUUCACAACCCGUUCUGACAUUGGUCCUGCCAGAGAUGCGAACGACGUCUCGGACGACAGACAUGCGCCACCAAGUAAGCGGAAGAAGGGAAAAGAUGAAGAUGAGGAGGACGAGGAAGACUUGAACGACUCCAACUACGACGAGUUCUCUGGCUACGGAGGCUCGCUCUUCAGUAAGGACCCUUACGACAAGGACGAUGAAGAAGCCGACGCUAUUUACGAAGCCGUCGACAAGAGGAUGGAUGAAAAAAGAAAGGACUACAGGGAAAAGAGGCUCAGGGAGGAACUGGAACGGUACCGCCAGGAGCGACCCAAAAUCCAGCAGCAGUUCAGCGACCUGAAACGGAAUUUGGUUGAAGUGUCCGAGGACGAAUGGAGAAGCAUUCCCGAAGUGGGCGACGCGCGCAACAAGAAGAUACGCAAUCCCAGGGCUGAAAGGUUCACCCCGCUGCCUGAUUCUGUCUUGUCCCGGAACCUCGGCGGUGAAAACACAAGUUCCAUCGACCCCACAAGCGGCCUAGCAUCGGCCAUUCCAGGGACGGCCACUGGAAUGCUCACACCUACUGGGGACCUUGACCUGCGGAAGAUUGGUCAAGCCAGGAAUUCGCUCAUGAACGUCAAACUGAGCCAAGUGUCCGACUCGGUGUCCGGUCAGACGGUGGUUGAUCCCAAAGGGUACUUGACAGAUUUACAGUCAAUGAUCCCUACCUACGGAGGAGACAUCAAUGACAUCAAGAAGGCACGGCUGCUCUUAAAGUCUGUGCGAGAGACCAACCCAAACCAUCCACCAGCCUGGAUUGCUUCAGCCAGGCUUGAAGAAGUCACCGGCAAAGUCCAGGCUGCUAGAAAUCUUAUUAUGAAGGGCUGCGAAGUGAAUCAGAAUUCAGAAGACCUUUGGUUGGAAGCCGCCCGCUUGCAACCACCAGACACAGCAAGGGCAGUUAUUGCCCAGGCAGCCAGGCAAAUCCCAACUUCAGUCAGGGUUUGGAUCAAGGCGGCCGAACUUGAGACAGAGCUCAAGGCCAAGAAGAAAGUCUUCAGGAAGGCCCUCGAGCACAUCCCCAACUCUGUCCGUCUCUGGAAGGCGGCUGUUGAGUUAGAGGAACCGGAUGAUGCGCGAAUUCUGCUUAGCAGAGCUGUUGAGUGCUGCCCGACAAGCGUAGACCUUUGGCUAGCCCUGGCCAGGCUUGAGACGUACGAGAACGCCAGGAAGGUACUGAACAAGGCGCGAGAGAACAUCCCGACAGACCGGCAAAUCUGGACAACAGCUGCCAAGCUGGAGGAGGCAAACAACAACAGUCACAUGGUGGAUAAGAUCAUAGAGAGGGCGGUCAUGUCAUUGACCUCAAACGGGGUUGAAAUCAGCAGGGACCAGUGGUUCAAAGAAGCCAUUGAGGCUGAGAAGGGUGGUUCAGUGCUUACAUGCCAAGCCCUGAUCAAGAGUGUCAUUGGCCAUGGCGUGGACGACGAGGACCGCAAGCACACUUGGUUGGAGGACGCCGAGUCCUGUGCUAACCAGGGCGCCAUCGAGUGUGCAAGGGCUGUGUACGCCCACGCCCUGGCCGCUUUCCCCAGCAAGAAGAGCAUCUGGUUGAGGGCAGCUUAUUUCGAAAAGGCGCAUGGCACCAGAGAAACCCUCGAAACCCUUCUGCAGAAGGCCGUUGGUCACUGUCCUCAGUCGGAGGUGCUGUGGCUGAUGGGCGCCAAGUCUAAGUGGUUGGCAGGAGAUGUGCCUGCCGCCCGAGGAAUUUUGUCACUGGCCUUCAGGGCCAACCCCAACUCUGAAGAAAUUUGGUUGGCGGCCGUGAAACUCGAGUCGGAGAACAACGAGUACGAGAGGGCCCGAAGGUUGUUGGCUAAGGCUAGGGCCUCUGCGCCAACGCCAAGGGUCAUGAUGAAGUCGGCCAGGUUGGAGUGGGCCCUGCAGGACCUAAAGUCGGCCAUGAACUUGCUCGAGGAAGGCAUCGCCAAAUUUGCAGACUACCCAAAGCUGUGGAUGAUGAAGGGCCAAAUCGAGGAGCAACAGAGCCGCUUGGAUGACGCCGUUGCUACUUACAAUCAAGGUCUGAAAAAAUGUCCACACUCAACCGUGUUGUGGAUUCUGUUAGCCAAUCUGGAGGAGAAGAGGGGUCAUCUUACAAAGGCAAGGUCUGUGCUCGAGAAGGGCCGACUGAGGAAUCCAGGCAACGGAUCGCUUUGGGUCGAGGCCAUCAGGGUAGAGAUCAGGGCCGGCAUGAUGGCCAUUGCCAACUCAAUGAUGGCCAAGGCUCUGCAGGAGUGUCCGACAGCCGGCGUGCUCUGGGCCGAGGCCAUCUUCAUGGAGCCGAAGCCUUCUAGAAAGACAAAGAGCGUGGACGCGCUGAAAAAAUGCGAGCACGACCCCAUUGUUUUGCUGGCCGUUUCCAAACUCUUCUGGACUGAGGGCAAGUACCAGAAGUGCCGCGAAUGGCUAAACCGCGUCCUUAAGCUGGACUCUGACCUCGGAGACGCCUGGGCCUACUAUUACAGACUGGAAGUGCUGCAGGGCACUGAGGAUUCGAGGUCUGAGGUCAUGAAGAGGUGUCUUGCCGCUGAGCCGCAUCAUGGAGAGCAUUGGUGUAAAGUGUCCAAGGAUAUACAAAAUUGGAAAAUGCCUAUGGACGAAAUUCUACUCGCAGUGGCCCAGAUGGUACCUUUGCCCAUGUAAUUGUAGAUUUUUUUUAUCGUGAAUUAAAUAAAUUUAGUGAUUAUAAUAAUAAUAUUUGUAAAAUUAUUCUACUACAAAGAGCU